AUGCUCAACGUGGCAGCUCUUGUGAUCCUGCUGUCAGCGUUAGCUUAUUGCUUUACGCCGGAAGAAACAGAGAUAUUUGAACUGCAACGAGAGCUGGCCAAGAAAUACGGCGAUGAGAUUGACUUUUACAGGUUCUUGAAGCUGCCAAAGCUGAAGCAUUCGUCCUCGAAGGAAAUUGUCAGAAACCUGAGGAACCUGGCGAAGAAAUAUCAUCCCGAUAAGAACAGGAAGUACAAGAAGCUGUAUGAAAGAUUGAAUAAGGCAACAGAGAUCCUGUCCAAUGACUCUCGCAGGAAAACUUAUGACUACUACCUGAAAAACGGGUUUCCGGACUACAACUUCUCCAGAGGCGGAUUUAUCUUCAGGAGAGUUCAGCCUAAGACGUGGUUCCUGGUGCUGUUCCUGUAUGUGGUGGCCAGCGCGAUUCAUUACGCCUUGCUAAAGAUUCAGCAUACCAGCAAUAAACGACGCAUUCAGGGCUUCAUCCGCCAGUGCAAGGAACAGGACGACACCAAUGGAGUUGGUGAGAAAAGACUGGUGUUUAAGCAGCACGAAGCAGACGACGCUAAAGAAAUCCUGAUUCGACUCGGCGACGUAUAUGUCGUACAGCCCGAUGGAGAGAUGUGCUUGAUUUCUGCUGACGAUGCAGCAGAUCCUACUAUUCUCGAUUGUCUCUUCUUCAGGUUGCCGAUGUUUCUCUGGAAUAGAUCUCUGGGUAGACUCUUCAUCAGAGCACCAUCUCAGCCAUCAACUCAAAAAGAAGCGAAUUCAUCAGAUAAGAGGCCCCAACGAGCAGCAAGGAAUGUCGAGGCCAAGCUGAAAGACGGUCAGAAGAAAAUGACUUUACCGAAUGGCAAGGUGAUCUACUCACGCAAAAAGGAAUGA